AUGGCUGAGCCUGAGGAGCUGCGGGUUUCUUCGUCGCCCCCGCCGCCUUUUUCUUCUCCCUCGUGUUCAGACGCCUCUUCCGCGUCUUCCCCCAGCGUCCCAGUGAGUUUGGGCUGGACAGUUCCGAGCAGGAGGAGCGGCCGAACGGUGGAUCCGCUAGAGGCAGUGGAGCUGCAGAUCGGAGACGCAGCAUUUUCAUUAACCAAACUUCUUGAGGCCACGUCUGCAGUAUCAGCUCAAGUGGAGGAACUUGCCUUCAAGUGUACAGAAAAUGCACGUUUCCUUAAAACCUGGCGGGACCUCUUGAAAGAAGGCUACGAUUCUUUGAAACCUGACAACUAA